UUAAACGGAUUACGUAACAAUCAAUAUAAAUAUUAACAAUGGACAGCAAUUUCACAUUAAAUUUAAAAUUAUAACCUAGUCAUGGAAUAUUUAGGUGAAAUAAUUGCCUUAGGUAUUGACACUAUCAUUUUUGGUGUUUGUUUGAAGCAAUAUUUUUAUUGUAAAAAUGCAAUUACUGCAGUACAGGAAGCCGAAUUUCACGAAGUUGGUCCACAAUUGGGAGAGCUUAUCGAAAAAAGCCCUAAUAAUAAAAUAGGCUAUAUAGCCAUUAGGGGUAUUGUGAAACCUUUAGGAAAACCAUUAAGUAGCAUUAAUAAUAAAAAAUUGACAGGAGUUGUACAGAAACUUAAAAUUAAAGAACAUGUUGUGGCUAGAACAACCGCUGGUUUUUGGUCAGACCAGGAGAGAACUGUUCAUAAAGUAUAUAAUACUGUACCAUUUGUUUUACAACGAGGCACUCAUGCUGUAGAAGUAAUAGAACCAUUGUUAGCAGAUAUUUUAGAUAUGGAUGUGGUGUCUGAUACCUUUGAACCAACAGUACCAUCAUUUGCAGACCACUUAUGGGGUUUUUUUACAGGUGUACGCCAACGUGGUUUGCAAUCUACUGAAGAGUUACUCAGGGAAGGUGCAGUUAUGACAGGUAUAGGUGAAUUAACUAGAGGAAAAUCUAAAACGCUUGUGUUACAACCUCCUUUGAAUGGCACACCAUUUUACUUAACAAGCAUGUCCAUCACUUCUUUGCUUCGCAAAUUAGACGAUCGUAAAAGGACAUAUAGAUUAUUGUGUUUAAUGUUUGGUGCAAUUGGAUUGCUAAUUGGUGGUAUAGUAUUUCGACGCUAUUGGAAAGAUAGAUCAGAACAAAGAAUAGCAGAAGAACUAAGACAGUCUCUUGCUGCAUCUCGGAAAGAAAGACGGCAAAGAGUAAGAGAUACGGAUCUUCGAGAGGAUCAGUUAUGCGUUGUUUGUCGCACAAAUCCACGUGAAAUUAUUCUUCUUCCAUGUGGACAUGUUUGCUUAUGCGAAGAUUGUUCUGAUGAUAUUGUUAAUGAUUGCCCUGUUUGUAGAGUACCAAUUACACAGAAAGCUGCGGCAUAUAUUAUCUAACACCUCAAAAAUAAUAAAAUAAUUUAAAAAAAUUUAUUUGUUAACAAUGCAACAUGUUUUAUAGAACCAAAAAUGAAUAAAUGCGGCAUGAAUAAAAACUGAAAAAAUACUGUAA